AUGGAACAAGUUAGUUCCCGUGUCGAGGGUGAGCAUGUCGAAAAGAUGUCUGCUCCUGCGGAUUCAAUUGGAAAGACCUCCCAACAAGCUUUGGCAUCUACAGAUGUGAUCGAGACGGUGACUGCGAGUGCCAAACCGGAACAAACGAUGCCAGCGGAAUCCCAGAAACAGGACAAUCCUUUUGAUGUCGCUAAAGAAACCAUUGACGACCUUGUCACCGCGACGGAACAAUCGACAAUAAUUAAUGAUGGAGAUCACAAAGAGAUUGAAGAUCCGAAGCUUGAUCAAAGUUUUGAGACAGCGAUCUCGAGCCACUCUGUCAACACGGCCAUCCUCAACGAGAAUGUCUUGGAUCAUUCCGGUAUGUCGAAGGAUUCUGUGGGAACGGCAAUUCUCAACGAGAAUGUCUUGGAUGGUUCCGGUAUGUCGAAGGAUUCUGUGGAAACGGCAAUUCUCAACGAUGCGGCCAAGGCUGCUUUGCGAGAGGAGUCCCAAGAUGUGACGCAAUCAUCUGUAGCUGAGGACGAGCUGAAUUCUUCUAAAGCUGAGAAGCCGAUAGUUGACAUGCCGAGAACUGAUAGAACUGCAGCUGGUCAAGAUGUGGAUACGAUUACUGCUUCUAAGGAAGAAAUCGAUGAUUUAACAAAAUUAAUGGCCGAAGCAUCUUUUGAAACUCCAAGCGCGACUUCAAAUGAAGGCGCGAAGCACAUUCAUUUUGAAACUAAGAAGAUCUCAUUUGGUGAGGUUCCAUUAAGAAUUGUGCUGCAAAAGGUGAAUGGUGCGUGCCCACUUCUUGCGAUUGUCAAUGCUUUGGCUCUUAAAGGUCAAAUUACGCUUCGUGACGUUCCUCAUGUUUCACUUGCUGAGCUCAACGAGAUUGUUGGCGACUGUCUACUUAGACUCAAACCUGAGCUGCCUGUUAAUGAAGAAGGCAAUUAUAACAAGGCGUUGACUGAUGUGAUCAAUUUGAUUCCGACUCUUAACGAAGGCCUGACAAUCAACGUGCAUUUUCGCAGUCCACAUGAUUUCGAAUUCACACCAGCUUUGUCAUUGUUCGACUUGGUGGGCCUCAAUCUUGUUCAUGGAUGGCUGCCCGACCCACAACUUCAGGAACUUUGCGCUCUUCUUGGAUCAAUGAGCUAUACGCAAGCUCAAAUCAAAAUGAUCGAGAAAGAAGGCGACACUGACGGACUGAUCAUCGGAGAAUUUUUGAACACGACUGCCAAUCAGCUCACUUAUUAUGGUAUCUUGGCAUUAACCGAAACGCUUAAAGAUGGAGAAGUUGCCGUGCUUUUCAGAAACAAUCAUUACUCGACUAUUUACAAGCGUCGGGACGAAAUCUUUUCCCUGUGCACUGACUCCGGAUUUAAAAAUACCCCAAAUGUGGUUUGGGAAACCUUGUGUGUCGAUGGCGAUUCUUAUUUUGUUAAUAGCAAUUUCAAGACCAGUGCCUCGACUCCUGUAGAUCAUCAAGACGAUGCGCAUCAAGUGUAUGAACAUCAAACGGACGAGCAAAUAGCCCAAUCGAUCCAGGAUCAAGAAUUGGCCCAACAACUCCACGAUCAUGAGCUAGCAGUCCAGAAGAAACGUCAAGAAUCGGCCCGUCGUCAACAGGCGCAACCUCAAGGCGCAGUCCCACAGCCAGCGCCAGAACCUGCCUAUCAAGUGGAACACCCUGAACUUCCUCGUCCAAAGUCUAAAUCUGUUUGCUCCAUCAUG